GGUCAUCAGAGGACGCCAAUCGAAACACUAGCGACAUCGAAAGACUUAACGGCAAAAACGAUUAGAAAUAUUUUCGUCUGAUCAGUGUAAUUGAACACGUGCUACUAUGAUUAAUAUUGAAAACGUUUAUAUUCGUUGAUUAACAACCUAAUAAUUUAAUUUUUUAAACUAGUACUUAACAAUUAAGUAUAUACUUUUUUGUGAAUUGUGUCAGUUUUACUUGAAAUAUAAAUUACGUAUCUUUAUCCAUUAUUCAAAGUAUCAUAAUCGAUAACUUUUUCUUUUUAUCAAGAUGACCUUACAAGAUUUUCCAAGAGGAGGAGAAAAACGUAAAAGUUUUUCAGAACAAUCGUCAUAUAAAAAUACUGAAAAUAAGAAAAGAAGAAAAACUAAGGAUAAUAGAAAAUUCGACAAUGCACGUAGUAAAGAAUCUGACUUGGUCGCUUUUACAAACUCUACAGCUGAACGUCUAUCUAAUGCGAUAUUAUGCGAAGGCUUAGUAAUCUUAGGGAGAAUUUGUGAAGUUAAAGACUAUGAAAUAAUUGUUUCAUUACCAGGUGGAUUAACUGGUCAAUUGAAAGCAUUGUUUAUUAAUAAAUCAUAUAAUGAUAUGUUAAAUAGUCUGGUUAAAGAAGAAGAAGAUAAUUCAUCAUCUCAAUACAAAUCUUUAACAGAGUUAUACAAUAUUGGAGAAUAUAUUGUAUGUUAUGUUAAAAGUACUCAUGCUGAAGGAAAAUGGAAUAUCCAAUUAUCUCUCGAAUCACAUUUAAUAAAUCAAAAUAUUAAUAUUAAUUAUUUAGCUUCUGGUAUAAGAUUAACUUGUACCGUUAGCAGUAUAGAGGAUCAUGGUUAUAUCGUAGAUACAGGCAUUCCAGAUGUAAGAGCAUUUAUAUUUAAUAAGGAUGUGGAUGCAGAUAAACAAUAUUUUCCAGGUAAACAGCUUUUUUGUAGUAUCAAAGAAUUGCAAACAACGAACAAUGUUACGACAAUUAACUUGGUAGCUAAACAGAAAUUAGUUGAAAAAGUUAUCAAUUAUGAGAUUGAGUCUCUAAAUAUUCUUACGCCUGGAACAAAAAUUCAGCUUUGUAUUACAAAAAUUUUAUCAAAUGGAUUACAAGUAUCUUACGGUGAAGAAAAUAUAGGUUACAUAAAUAGAAUUUAUGUGGAUAAAAAUGAAUCUUCUUAUACUGAAGGUAUGAUGAUAAAUGGAACAUUGAUGUACAUUAUGCCAACAGUCAAAUUUGGAUACUUCAGUUUAAUUAUAAACAAAAGGUCUGAAAUAGAAAACCAAAAUGCAAAUUUAAAUAGAGGAGAUAUUGUUGAAAAAGCCACUGUCUUAUUUAGAGAAUCUGGUGGCAUUGUUUUACAAUUAAAUUCGCAUUUACGCGGAUUUGUAUCUUUGCAUAGAACUGGCGUUAGUUUUGAAAAAAUAGCAGCCAAAUUUACUCCUAAUUCUGUGCAUAAAUGCAGAGUAUUAUUUUACAACUGGAUGGAACAAAUGUAUACAUGUACAAUGCAACCGGAUGAAUUAAAGGAAAAACAUUUUACGGAUUCUGAUCUUUCCAUAGGCGAUUUAUUACAAGUGCAAAUCAAAAAGAUUAAUACUGAAAAUAAUUAUAUAACCGUAAACAUAGGAAAAAUAAUUGGAACUGUCACUCCAGAGCAUAUAUCUGAUUUUGAAUCAAAUGUUUUGAACACAUUGAAAGUUGGUCAAUCGAUUGAAGCCAGAGUUCUAAAUAUAAAUAAAGGAAAUAACAAAAUACUAUUUACAUUGAAGGAAUCAUUGAUAAGGAGUGAUUUGCCCAUUUUAUCUAAUAUUCAUGAUGCUAAAUGUGGUUCAAGGCAUCAUGGUACUAUUGUACAAAUUAAUAAAAAUGGUUUAUUAGUAAAAUUUUUUGGAGAUGUUAAAGGUUGGCUUCCAUGUGUAUAUUUAGAUAAAAGUACUGCUUCAGUAAACUGGAAUUACAAGAUAGGACAAACAAUAGCAGUAUAUAUUGAAAGUGUUAAUGAAAACGAAGGCAAAAUGAAAUUAAAUUUAUUUAGUAAAAUUAAUAUAAUAAAGAGAAAUGAAUUAUUGAUUGGACAGAUGGUAGAAGGGAAUAUUAUAGAAGCUUCUUCCAAUGGAAUACGAUUACAAAUUAAAGAUAAAGAUGGAUAUUCUCAGGAAGGAUUUUUACCAGCAGGUCAUAUGGCACCAUGCAUUGAGAUAGGCAAACUUUUAGCAUCAAAAGCUACACCUGGUGAUGUUAUUUCUGCUUUAGUAUUUGCUAUUGAACCAACUUUAUUAUUAAGCAGAACGUUCUUGUCGGACGAAAAACAUAGAGAAUUAAAACAACUUAAAGUCGGAAAUUCUAUACCAAGUUCGGUUGCAAAUAUUGGACAAGAUGGUGUUAGAGUCGUUCUACCUAUUAACAAUUAUAAUAGGUACGGUUUUGUUUCAUACAAAAACAUUUCUAAUUUGGACAAAUUAUUUGUAAAUCAAAUCUUAUUUGUAAAGAUUACUAAUAUUAAUAAAAAAGAAAAAUUAUUAAGUUUAACUAUGUCAUUGGAAAAACUAUGGACUGAAGAAGCUGAUGAAGCUCAAAAAAUUAUGGGACCAGUCGAUCUGCUUAAUCUUUACUUUAAUAAGGUUAAAGAAUUAAUAAGUAAUCCUUACUAUAAAACAAGACCUAUAUCAACUGCAAGUAUUGGACAAGUUGUUACUGGAAAAAUUGAUAAGAUUACGGAACAUGGUCUUACAUUAAAAUUACAAAACAAUCUGCAAGGUACCGUAUGUAAAGAUCAUUACACUGGAAAUGUUAAAGUGGGAGAUAAAAUAUCGGGAAAAAUUUUAUGGAUCAAUUAUAUACAUGAAGUUGUUGAAGUAACAUUAUUACCUAAUAUUAUAAGAAAGAUUAAUCCUCAUCAAAGUGUUAAUCCACCUACUAAAACUUUACUGCGCGGAGAAAUUGUAAUGACUUCACAAUGGUUCGUUUUAGUAGCAUUGAAAGGUAAAGGAAGAGGUACAUUAGCUGCUUUACCUGCUCGUCUUCAUGUCAAUGAUUUACGGCCGAAUUUAAAACCAUAUGUUCUUUCAUCUCAUAUUAGAUGUUACGUUAUUUUAGAUAAACAAGAAUCUGACAUUAUGCCUAUCUGUAUGCUAAAAUCUGCAUUUGAAAUAUCAAAAAAAGAUGCUAUAUCUAAAAUAAUCAAAAUUCAUAGGUCAAGAGUGGUUGUAAGAGUGGAGACUUCGAGAGUCUCGCAAUCUAAAUAUGCAAGAAGUAGAAGGCACAGACGUAUGAAGAUAAGAUUAAAGAGAUGUUUGUUAGCAGGGUCACCAUGGAACAAUUCCAGUGGUUGCGAAGAAGAACGCAGAUCGAAUCAAAAGGAGGGUAAAAAAUCUAAUGUUUUGCCAUUAUGGGGUAACGAAAGAACUAUGAACCUGAAUCCAUUAAUAUUGACAAAUAUACAAUCUUCACAUUAUUUUAAAGUUAAUUUGUAUGAAUUGAAAACUUAUCAUGAAGUGAUAGAUGAAAUUUAUUAUAAAGUUUCCCAUUUGGAACCAUGGGAAAAAGGAAGCAGGAAAACGGCAGGCCAAACUGGCAUGUGUGGAGGCGUACGAGGUGUGGGUGCUGGCGGUAUCGUCUCAACAGCUUAUUGCCUUCUAUUUAAACUGUUCACAUUGAGGUUAACAAGAAAGCAAUUGAAUGGUCUAAUUAAUCAUCUGGAUUCACCGUAUAUACGUGCCUUGGGCUUUAUGUAUAUCAGAUAUACUCAACCGCCAGCAGAUUUGUUCAGUUGGUACAGCGAUUAUUUAGAAGACGAAGAAGAAGUAGAUGUAAAAGCGGGUGGUGGGCAAGUUAUGAAAAUGGGUGAUAUUUUAAAACAAUUUUUAACAAAAUUGGAAUGGUUUUCCACUUUAUUUCCAAGGAUACCUGUACCUAUACAAAAGGAAUUAGAACACAGACUAGCGGAAAGAUUUCCACAACAAACUAUCAAUGCUCGUAAUGCAAAACCACCUAUCACAUUAAACAGUCACGGUAAAUAUAGUAAUAAUAGCACUAGUGGUCGAAAAGAUAAUGGAAAUUUAAUGAGAAAUCAGCAACCACGUCAUAUCCCAGACAACGAAGCUGAAUGGGGAGAAGCAGAAAGAGCAAGCCACUGGCGAGCCAGGUCUGACGAAGAUCGUAAGGAUAAGUAUAGAGAAAGAGAAAGAGAAAGAGAUGCAGAUAGAGACAGAAUUCGAGAACGUGAAAGGGAUAGACCUCGUGAACGAGAUAGAGAGAGGGAAGGACAUUUUAGGCACUCAAGUAGUCGUGAUAGAAGUCGACGAUCAAGAGAUUACAGAAGUCGUAGUAGAGAUAGAUCAUAUAGAGAUCGGAGUAGGGAUCGUCAUCGUGAUAAGGAUCGACACCGAAGCAGAUACGUCGUAGAAAGGAUAAAAAUGGAUUUUGAUACGUUGUUAAGCGUUGCAGAAAAGAACGGAGUUAAUAAACAAACUGUUGCAUGUUAUCAAACCAAGUUUACGCCGUUGAAGAAACAAAGUAAACAAUCUAAAACAUUAUCGGAAAAUAUCAAAAAAUUUUUAGCUAAAAAAGAAGAAGAGGAGAAAAGGAAGCUUCUAGAAGAAAAGAGAAAAAGAGAUAAUUUACUUGCCUUACGGGACCACAAAGCUCAAAGUCGUAUCAAUAAACAUUUGAAAGUAUGUAAAGCUGCAAAUAAGUCCGUUUUAGCAGAUGCAAUAGACAAUGAGAAUACAGCUGUUACUAUAGCAGGCCCUUCUCAACCAGACGAGGAUGAUUAUGGAUACGUUUCUCAGGAGGCAUCUGCAUUUUAUAAUCAGUUAAUGAAUAAGUAUAAUAGUUUAUCUUCUGAGAAACCUCUUUUUAGUAGCAGCGGAAAAAAAACUGCUAAAGAUAUUGCACUGACUAAGGAUAGAGUAAAGCAAGCUUUAAAACAACAAGAAAUUGAUGAUUCUCUUGGUCAUAGAAGAAGAAAGCGAGCAUCGACAGGUGAUGAUCAUAAUGACAAAGUGCCUGAAAAGAAAACUAAGGAACAAGAAAAGCCGGAAAAAGAAGAAAAGGAAGAAAAAGUGAAGGUUAAAAAGAAGCCUUUACCACCUCCAAUGGAUUUUGGAGAACUUUUGAAACUUGCAGAAAAAAAACAGCACGAACCAGUGAUGAUCGAAGUCAAACCAAAAGUUGAGGAAGAGAGAUUAAUGACUAAGAAACAACAGAAGGAAUAUAUGAAAGAAAAAGAAUGGAGGGAAAGAAAAGAACUAUUAGCUAGAGGAAUAGAUGUAACGAAAAAAACUAACGUUACUACGUCUGAAGUAAAUAAAUCAAAUAAAUCGCUUACGUCUAAAAGUACAAAACCGAACGAAAAAAGUUCUGUAGAUUCUUCUUCUCUACAGAAUAAAAAUUUGUCUUCUAGUGCAACGGUGCAAAAUAAAAGAAUUCCAACUAAAUCUAAUAACAUUUUAAGCGAAAAGAGUAAUCUUAUUAGCAAACCUACUGCUAAUGUAACGAAAAAUUCUAUGAAAGAUGAGUUAUUAGAAGAACGUAAAAAAAUAGAAGCAGAAAAACGUAAGUUAGAAGAAAUGCGUAAAGCGAUAGAAAAGGAAAAGAUGCAAUUAGUGCAAAGUAAAAUGAAACAAGAAGAAUCCAAGUUGUCUGCCAAGAAUUCUAACAAAGUUUUAUCCUCGACAAAAAGUAUAGACAAACAAGCUUUAUCCAAAGAUAAUAAAUCGAAACAAGCGAAUAUGUUAAACGGAAAGCCGAAACAAUUUCCUCCACCUGAUGUUAAACCACUUAAAAACAAAAUUGCAGGUGGAAAAGUUGUUAAGAAACCAGGAUUUUCUAACAAACGUCGCAUAUAUGACGAUGAUGAAGAAUAUGAUUCUGAAUUAGAUGAUUUUAUCGAUGAUGGCCCAGAAGAAGAAAGUGAAGAUUAUAGUAAAUAUAUCAGCGAAAUAUUUGGUUACGAUAAAAGAAAAUAUAGAUAUGUAGAUGAUGAUGAUGAUGAUGCAGCAAUGGAAAGUAAUUUUGCGCAGCAACUUAGAGAAGAACAUAUAUCUACGAAAAUAGGUAUGCAGGAAGAUUUAGAAGAUAUUCGUAUGGAAGCGUUAGAAAAGAAACGAAAAGCUCUUUUGAAAAAGAAGAUGAAAAAGUAGUAAGCUGUAUAUUUCUAAUAAUGUCA